UUUUUGAGUCAUGAUAUUCCGGCCUAUAUAAAGAAGAACCAACUAAAGAUGUGAAACCCACAAACAAAUCUCAAUCAAAUUUAGUAUCUUACUAUCAACUUGUUUUAGUAUAAUGGAGAUUGAGCAAAGCAAGAAGAAACAAGAACCGCGUGUCGUCGACGAGAAAUGGGUGUACGAUUCUUCUCUCGAUCAUCGAGGAAGGAUUCCUCUACGGAGUUCCACCGGUGCAUGGAAGGCUUCGUUUUUCAUUAUCGCAAUUGAAUUCAGCGAGAGGUUGAGUUACUUUGGAAUAGCAACAAGCUUAAUAAUAUACCUAACAAAAGUGCUACACCAAGACCUAAAAACAGCGGCAAAAAGCGUCAACUAUUGGUCAGGCGUCACCACCAUGAUGCCGCUUAUCGGAGGAUUUUUAGCCGACGCUUAUCUCGGCCGAUUCACCGCCGUUUUUGCCUCCUCCGUCAUCUAUCUCCUGGGGUUGCUUCUGUUAACAAUGUCAAGAGUAGUCCCAUCGCUGAAACCAUGCAACACCGGAGAAACCUGCGCCGAAGCUCGAGACGUCCACGUCAUCGUCUUCUUCGUGGCGAUAUACCUGAUCUCCGUCGGCACCGGCGGGCACAAGCCAUCACUGGAAAGCUUCGGCGCCGACCAGUUCGACGACGACCACCCACAGGAGAGGAAAAACAAGAUGUCGUUUUUCAAUUGGUGGAACUUGGGCCUCUGCUGCGGUCUUCUCUUAGGGGUGACUGUGAUCGUCUACAUCCAGGACCACGUCAGCUGGGCUGCUGCAUAUAUCGCCCUUACAGCUGUCAUGUCUUUCACUGUGCUCGUCUUCUGCAUUGGACGGCCGUUUUAUCGGUUUCGGAAGCCGACGGGGAGUCCGUUAACGCCGUUACUGCAGGUUCUUGCUGCUGCUUUCGCAAAGAGAAAUCUCACGUCUCCGUCGGAGCCCGACCAGCUGUACGAGGUUUUUAGAUCGGACAAGACUCAGGGGAGGCCCCUUUUCCACACGGAGAAGCUCAAGUUUCUUGACAAAGCUGCGAUUAUCGAAAACGGACAAACUUCGGCGGAGAAACAAAAUCCAUGGAGACUUUCAACGGUGACAAAAGUGGAAGAAAUGAAGCUAAUUAUAAACAUGAUCCCGAUAUGGCUAACCACACUACCAUUCGGUAUCUGCGUAGCGCAAGCAGCCACAUUCUUCAUCAAACAAGGCACAACCCUCGAUCGAAAAAUCACCGACGAAUUCACAAUCCCACCGGCCUCGAUCUACGCACUAGCCGCCAUUGGAAUGAUAUUUUCCGUCACUGUCUACGAUAGAGCCCUCAUACCCUUUCUAAGACGAGUCACGAAAAACGAACGAGGCAUCAACAUUCUCCAAAGAAUCGGAAUCGGAAUGGUCUUCUCGGUUAUAACUAUGGUUGUAGCAGCUUUAGUCGAGAAAAAAAGACUAAAUCUCGUACGAGAAAAUCCAAUCAAGGGCUCGGUUUCGAUGAGCGUCUUCUGGCUGGCCCCGCAGUUUUUGAUAAUCGGAAUAGGUGACGGUUUUACCCUUGUGGGCUUGCAAGAGUAUUUCUACGAUCAAGUCCCGGAUUCGAUGAGGAGUUUAGGUAUUGCGUUGUAUCUGAGUGUGAUCGGGGUGGCGAAUUUCCUAAGCAGUCUUUUGAUAACUGUGGUCGACCGUUUGACCGAGAAAGGUGGCAAGAGCUGGUUCGGUAAGGAUUUGAACAGUAGCAGGCUCGAUUAUUUUUACUGGCUUUUGGCGGGAAUUACCGGGGUGAAUCUCGUGGUGUACGCUUUUGUUGCGAGUAGGUAUUCUUACAAGAAUGUGAAGAAGACCACUCUGGCUGUUUCUGAUUGCUAUGAAACAAUUGCUUAGCUUAUAUUGUAUUUAAUUUGCAUGCAUUUUGAUUAUUAUUUCGUACUUGUUUUCUAGAUUUGUAAGGCCUAACCUAGGAUUAAUUAUUUGAUGUGAUAUGUAUUUGCAUAUUAGUGUGUUGUUAUAGAUUUGAAUCUUGAAUUAAUUAUAUAUAACUUUGAGAUUUAUCUUUAA